AUGCCAAACUCUUACCUAUCUCGCAUGAUGAAAGUCAAAUUUACGGCUGGUCCUGUCGCCGCUGGUCCUGCAAAUGAUAAACCAACCCACGAACCCAAUAAGAAGAGUCGUCGUGUUGGCUUUCACAAGAUUGUCGUGCAUGAAUAUCCCGCUGCCACCUCCUAUGCAGAAAAAUGCGAGCUUUGGUACGAUGCGAAGACGCUCAAUGCUGCCAUUCAAGCUGAUAUCAUAGCCAUGCUGCGAAGUGAAAUGGGGAUUUGGGAUGUGAGCCUAACGGGGAAUACCUAUCGUGGCCUCGAACCCUUUCGUCCGCAAUACAAAGACCAUGUCAAUCGUGAUGUCCGCCCCUACAUCAAAGCGGUGGUCGACAAGUCUUACACUCUCCGACGAGCACACAAGAUUCAUCAUAGGCUGUGUCCCAAAGCAGCUGAAAAUGCAGCCGUCGAAGAACCCCUGUACAGGUUUGCCUCUCAAUUUACGAACCGAGCGCAAGACCUUGCCCUUCGCACAGCUGCAAAAGAUUAUGAAGAGGUCUUGGAAAUGUACCAGCUCGAAAAACAAUCGCUCUUCUGGGAAGAAGCCGUAGCAUUGGAAAAGAAGAGCGAGAUUGCCGGUAUCGACAAGCCUCUGCACCAAUCGCUAGUUCCUCGGUCGGCAUAA